UUUUCGACAUGCAGGCCACGUAAUCGAACACAGAGCGACUACGAGUUGUCACAAUAAUGGCUGUGGCUAACUGCACUCGACUGUUCUUGAGAGGCACCGCGCAUGGCCUACGAUUAGCUUCAGUACGCUCUCCGUUGUUAUUAAGCCUCCCCAUGACACGGACCCACAGACUGGGCCCCAGCGAUGAUGAGCUAUACCAGCGCACCACAGUGUCUGUCAUGCAGAGGGAGGAGUCAGGUGGAGUCUUGAUCUAUGGCUACAGUCCCCGUGGGUUCAACAUCGAUGGAAACAGUGUGAUAGGGCCUUGUGCACUCCUGCCCCCCACGAUCCUGCAGUGGAAUGUGGGCAACUACAAGGAUAUCACGGUGGAAAGCUUGGCCCUGUUCUACAUGCUGGAGCCCCGUAUCGAGGUGCUGGUUUUGGGCACAGGAGGACGAGUGGAGCGGAUCGACCCAAAUGUUUUAAAGUUCAUGAACAGAAAGGGCAUUGCUGUGGAAGUACAGGACACGCCCAACGCAUGUGCGACCUUCAACUUCCUGUCAAGUGAGCGUCGAAUUGUAGCAGCUGGUCUCAUUCCACCCCCUCCCAGCAGAGCCCUGGAGUAGCACCCCAUACAGGAAAUGAUGUGACGGGGAAGAAAUGAUGCACCAAUCAGGGUGGAUUUAAUGCAACGAUACCCACUUGCAUACUGGAUUGAACACUGUGCCUGAAGAUUGUGGUCCCCAUCAAGCACUACUAAGCUCCUGGAUUUUUGUUUCUAAUUAUUUAGCAUCAUCCUCAACAUUUUUUGUUGUUCUUUGUAAUGCCACCACAGAGGAAGAUGGAGGGACCAAUCAGGAGAAAAGAUCAGAGGAAAUGCACGAGUACGGCACUGUAAAAACCUGGAAGUGCAAGGUCCCAAAUCAUCACUGGCUAUAGCUAGACCACAUAGUUACUAUUACCGAUCUGAACUGGUGUAGAUCGCAUAAAUAUAAUAUGGCGAGGAAUAACUCCAUAGCCAACCAUCCAGUGAAUUACCAGCAGAUUUGCCAGCUUGUGUGUUGUUUCUUAUCCUAUGGUUAAGCACACAGCUAUGUUGGUUUUGCCAACUCGUCUCAAAUAUGUGUGGACAUGCGCUGAUGAUGAAGUUACAAAGCUAGCUUAGGUAUUUUCCAGAACCACUUGGAGAAUGAUGAAGCAGAGCUGUAUCUGGUUGUGCAGUGAGACCAAUUAAUUGUGUUUCAGACAAUUCUGUAUCUAUACUGGUGUUUUGCAUAGCCUGGCCUUGUUGCGUGCACUGCUAUGUAAGUAGCUGUAAAUAAGAUUAUCUGCAAAUUGAGCAGAUAAUGCAACAGUGACUUGAGUUAAGUGCAGUUUCUUGCGCUGACAGUCAUGCUUGUGUGUGAGUGUACCUGUGCACACAUUUGUUCAUUUGUUAAUCCAGAUGACAGCUCCUGUGUGUAAUCCAGGUUUAGUGUCCUUCUAGUCAAGGUUGCCAUGGCUGUCCUUCACUCAGUAAACCAAAUUAAUCCUC